AGCAUAUCCGAUCCAUUUUCUUUUAAUCUUCUUGGAACGAUCUUGACUGACCCGGCGGCGCGGCACUUCCGGGACCGUGUCGUGUCCGGUCUCACCACGCAACCUCGCCGUGUGCAAGUCGGAGUCGCCGUCCCCCGGUGCCGCGUCCCUCAAGCUCAGCUUCCUUUUCCGAUUCCCCACUUUCCUCCGCACUCCUGCCGGGUAUAUAUACCCAGCACGAGCAGCACCAUGGAAAAGCCAUCCAUCAGAAUUCAGAACGCCAUACCCACACCCAGUUGACUCCCAGUCACAUACCAAGGAGACAAGAAGAAUCGUCCCUAGCCGCGGACGCCAAGGUUCUUACUGGCCUUCUGAUUGUCGCCAUGGACAAGAUCCUGGCCUUCUCGAUCAUGAGCUCGUCGCCGGCGGAAAUCUCCGGGGCCGGGUACGCCACGCGCCUGUCCUGGCGGAGCGGCGGCGCGAAGCAGCAGGAGCAGAAAGUCGAGCAGGGCUCGCGGCCGGAGAAGAAGCCUGAGGUGCGGGUGCCGCGGUUCGCGCCGGAGUUUGACGGCGUCAACUGCUUCGAGACCAUAGUUUCCUGCUGAGCUGCGAUUUGUAAACGCCUCGCGCGCUGGGCUAAUUUUGUUGAACUACUUCCUCUGCUUUUUGUUGCUUAGUAACGAGGAGAACUUGUAAUUUGUACAGAGCUAUAUAUUGAAUGGUUUUUUCUUUCA